AAAGGUCGAUCGACCGUCCACCCCCGGUCAUUCAAUGGGAGGGUCCGGAAUUAGUGUUGAUGAGAAAAGGUCCAGGAAACCAUAAACGUCACUGGGCUCACACGUACAACGUGACGCUGGCAGAGUAGAUGAGAUCGGAGCCCGAUAUCAGGGUGCAACAAAGUCUGAGGCCCAAAGAGCCGAAAGGGCCAUGGGCAGAAUUGCCUUUGAUGGUUCCCGUCAAUCCCACGCAAUUCCUCACUGGCCGUGGAAAGACUCCCCAUAGAUCUCCAUGCGUAGAUAAAAGAACACAAGACACGAAACGAAGUCCAAGACCUGGAAGUGGUUUUCGCCGUAACACCCAGAACGCAGAGAGCAAACGCAUGAAGAGAUGGCCGGUUGAACCGUCGAGCACAGGUCGAAUAGGAGGUCUCGGGCGCGCGACGGAGAUCGAUGAUCAGCCCGGAUCGAAAACCAAAACAUCCUCUAGGGAAAUAAAGGAAACAGGUCUACAAGAUACCAAGGGGUACCAUGCCGUCAUAGAUCGAUCCAACACUUCUCAGGAGAUUGAAUAAGACAAGACACGCAGUUAAAACGCCUUUCAUAAAUGCAGCGACUCAGAGAAAGUGGGUAUAGAUUUUCGACGUUUCAUGGACUUCCAUCUCCUAUCCCAGACAGUCAGUUACUCUCGUCGCGACCAACAUGGAA